UCGUGCAAAUGCGCAGUAUAUUGCACUUUCUUAACUCAGUGUGGGAAUCCAUUUGGCAUUGAGAAGGAAACGUAACGAAAAAAAAAUUCGAGGAUUGUUACUAACAGGAUCAGGAUAUACCAUGCAGGCAUGCACUACAGAAAAUUGAUGAAAUGAUAGAUUUCACAUUUGUUGUCUACCGUGACCUUUGAGCUUUGGACCACCGUUUGGAUUUUACGUAUAUUUAGUCACGUAAUGGAAAAUACUACAACCAAUAUUAUGACUAAGAUUAUUCCGUUUUUAUAAAUCAUGAAUAUUACUUAUUGUUUUAUUCCUUUAUGGCAUAAUGCAACGUUUUAAACUUUUUUCUUUUUGGACCAAUCGGCAUCGAUUUUGUUACACCAGGUUACACCCAUUUUAAGGGGGCAUUUUUUUAAAAAGGUCUUUUUUGUCUGCUAAGCACUUAUUGGUGUCAAAUUCGCAGUUGUCUCUUAGAACACAAGGCGAUUUUUUAAGAGUUUUAAAAAAAGGAAAUGAAUUAACUAGAUAUAAUGAGUGUGGAGUGAGAAAGCAUCAAUAAACAUCAAUGAAUCUUAAAAUAUGUCGAAUAAUCUAUUUAACACAGUGAGCCAAAAAAGGAUAGCUUUAUUCGCAACUUUGUUGUGUAUAUUGAUCUUGACAUUUUUCGUUUUUAACACACCCAUAUUCCAUUCCCAUGAUUUAAGCGAAUAUGAAACAAUUAAGAAAAAUUGUUCAGGAAAACAACUUGUGCUUUUCUGGACUAAGUUUUUUGAAACAGAUGAUUUCUAUGUUGGAUUAGGAAAUAAGCCCUUUAAACAGUGCACAGUGUUUGCCUGUUGUUCAACAAAUAACCGAAAUUUCCUUGAUGUAAGUGAUGCCAUAAUUUUCCAUAUAAGAGACUUGGACUUGAAUGAUAUGCCUACUCGUCGUUCCGUUCGCCAACGAUGGAUUUUUUAUCUUCAGGAAUCUCCCUUACACACUCCAAAUAUUUUGUAUGAUCUCAGUAAUGUUUUCAAUUGGACAAUGACUUUUAGAAUGGAUUCUGAUAUCUACACACCCUAUCCUGUUGUAGAAACAACUACAGGGUCUGCUCUUGAAUUACAAAUAUGGAACACAACAUUUAAUCGCAAUAAACUAAAGCACAAUGUACGUCGGAAGAAAAAGUUGGCAGCCUGGUUUGUUUCAAACUGCUUUACGACAAGCGGGCGUGAAAAAUAUGUUUUAGAACUUCAAAAAUACAUCGAAGUAGACGUAUACGGAACUUGUGGAAAUUUAACAUGUUCACAUUCAGAUCACAUUGAAUGCUAUAAGAUGUUGGAACGAGAUUACAAAUUCUACCUUGCUUUCGAAAACUCAAUAUGUAAAGACUAUGUAACAGAAAAAUUUUACAACGCCCUCCUAUUCAAUGUCGUACCAGUUGUUUAUGGUGGCGCAAAUUAUCAUGCCUUGGCGCCCAAGAACUCUUACAUUGAUGUUCGUGAUUUCUCAUCGGUUCACCAUCUUGUUAAAUACCUCAAAUUUCUGGCCCGUAACGAUAGUGCAUACUUGCGCUAUUUUGAUUGGCGUAAAACGCCUCCUGGUCUUUCCUUGUUACCGCGCACUAAUCAAGGCUGGUGCACACUGUGUAGCAUGCUGAAUAAUGAUUCAUUACCUUCGCAUUCCUAUUCAAAUAUUCAUUCCUGGUGGUUCGAAAAAGGCCAGUGUGAAAAAGAUCGUACAAGUAUACAGAAGCUAGCUAUUUAAAGUAAGAAAUUAAUUAUUCGAUCAAAAUCUGUAUCAAAUACCUGAAUUCCCUAUGUUAAAAAAUUGUUACUUAGUUCUACUUCAUGUUUAUAACCGGUGAAAAUGUAGAAAUAAAUGAAUUAAUUUGUA